AUGGGUUCUACAGAAGCGAUUGCAUUGUUAAUGUGUAUGGUGCUGGCCGCCAGCGCCAAUAGUAUCGUGGAUAAAGAAGUCACCGACAGCGCCGCAGCCGUUUCGACUGAUGAAUCGACUAGUGUUACCAGCACAGUAAGCUCUGAAAUCAUUGAAGCUGCUGCAAGCUUCGGAAACGUCACUAAUGGUCAGUCACCUCCCAUAAGCGUGGUCAUUAAGCGCUUAGAAAAUGAACUCUACAACUUGGUUGUAUCAAAAGAUUACGAUAAAGCCGCCGAGAGGACCAAGGUUUUGUACAAAGCAGGCUGGGACAGGAUCAUUAAGAAGGUCGUUGACAUUCUCAUCGAUGAAGGUAGAACUGAAAUCUUCGAUUACGCAUACAGGUUGUAUGUUGCGAAGGGCAGACUCGCCCUUCGGAGCUGCUUCCCUGUAGAGGUCCGACUUUCCGAGUCUACAGUGUUCGUGAAACUGAUUAAUAAGAGGGACGGCUACGCUGCCUUGUUAGAUGAUAAUGCGGACUUCCAUGAUGACCACAGACUCUUAGCUCAUCGGAACACCACGACCAGAUUCGAGGUUACGUGGAAGUUCGUUUCUUUUUGGACGGGAGACAAGCUUUAUUUCAAACUGCGACCUAUCAAUGAAGCUUUGUUUUUAAAACUAGGCACCCGUAAAGAUGAAGACGGUGACCGCACUGCUUACGGAUCUCCCGCCCAAGACACGAACAGACACUUGUGGUAUGUGAAACCAGUAAGGUAUAAUGGUGAGCUUCUCGUCUAUAUCAUUAACCGAGAAUACGAUAUGCUUCUUAAGCUCGGACAAUCAACCAAAUACGACGGCUAUCGCAUAGGCUAUGGACACUCGAAGAUGGAUUUCACCCCAGACAUAUUUGCUUGGCACGUUGAAGUGCUAUAA